GGGUUUUGUUUUUCAGAUUGGCUUUCUUGGAUUUCCUUGGUUACUGGACCCAUUGCUUCUCCAAUUGACCAAGCCCCUGGAUGAUGUGUUUUGGAUUGUCCCUGUGCUACUCCACAUUCUGCAGGAUUCUUGGCUAUGCAUAAGGAUCCUCAUGUUCUACCUAUCGGUUCCCUGCGGUGCCUCUUUGCACAGUACACAUGGAAUGUGCUGCAGAGGGAAAUGGUAUCAGCUGCUGUCGCAGGGCUGACUGCUGAUUGGGACCCACUUUCACCUCCCGUUGGAAUGGGCCAAGCCCCCCUCCCCCCUGCCCUAGUGAAAUUCUCACACACGCACAACAAACAAGGAAAAGGACAGUGGCAGUUUCCCGCUGGGUUUCUCAAGUCCCGGUUGCUGGAGAGAAUUAAUCACAUGGGGGAAGGAGAAAAACCUCAAGAUGGUCUCGGUGAGGGGGCCCUGGUUUGGUACAGUAGACGCUCCUUCAUCUUUUUCACUUGGCUGAAAAGCAGCUGUACUGUGAGGAGCUGAGGUGGCCUCCAACCUGCAGUAUUAGCGGGCUAGUAUGUGGGCAGUGAUGAGCAAGUGAAAGGCAGAGGCGGCUGUCCUUGGGCUACUUGUCUGUGGCCUCGGGAGUUUAUCAGCACGUCCGGCAGGCAGUCGAGCGCUCUGUGUUCAUUCGCUGAUCAGGUGGGAACAAAUAAGAGAAAGGAAAAUGCUCCUUCACUAAUCUGUGCAGAUUAUGAUAUUUUUGUUUCUUCACCAUCAUCCAAAUGACAUUUGUGAUUAUUUUUGCUAAUAGUGAUUUAAAGAAAAUAAUUCAGAAUUGAUUCCAUUUGUGCAUCAAAAUGGUUUAGGCUACUCUGUUAGCAUUAUUCAGGAAGAUUGAUAGAAAAACAGGGCCGUAGUCCUGAGGGGCAAGUAAUGCUUCAAAAGUGUGGCCUUGCUUUUACAUCUUGUCAAACACAAGGAGGUCUGGUUACUUACUGGGAGUAAUGGGCUGAGCUAGAGCUGAACUAGGAACCUCUGGGUGAAGUGUUUCUUGUCAGCAGCUGGACCCACGGGCAUCCUGAUGUAUGGAACCACGUAGCCGUUUUGGGCUCUUGUGCACUUGCUGAGUUCUGCUUUCAUUUCUCACUGGUUUGCAGGUGCCUGUGCUGGUGGUGUUCGUGGGAUUUCUGAGGGUAAUAACUGCACUUUAACUACUCUCUUUCCACCGCUGCUGGGGCAACGUGAAUCCUGUAAGCAACAGGCAUCUUUUUAAACGUUUUUCAAGGUUUUAAAGGUCUGCCUUCUCCAUUCAUCACAUUUAUUGGGUCACUUCAGUGCAGGCCGCUGUCCCCUGGGGCACAGAGGGCUUUCUUUUUGAUUUUGGACUUUGAUUUUGUUGACUAUUUUUACCAAAUAGCUUGUACUGGACAUGAAAAGAAGGAUCGCUGCAAUAUAUGUGAACUUUAUCUGCAAAGCAAAUGAUGGUGGAGAGAGAGUCUCAUCGGAGGGGAUCGAGAGGAGGUGAGAGAGACCCACCCAGCUCCCAGAGAAACGGAGCGGUGUGUCCGUAUGUCUUCUGAAUGAGACGCGGAUGAAGAGGUUCCCAUCUCCUCUGCUGAUCCCACAGGGCUGGUGGAAGGCAGGAGCUGGUGUGACGGCAGCUCAGACAGGGGCUUGCUGGGACUGGAGCCUGGGAGAGCUGGGGGGGGACGGAGACGGGCUCUUUGCAGCAGGCGGGCAGGCGUGGGGGGCUGACAACCGACAAAGGAACGGGAGACCCGGGCAGGCCCCCAGUCUCUCUUGGGUGCCAGGGAGAGACACAGCAGGAGAAGGAGAGGGAGCACGCGCGAGCGUUAGAGGGAGAUUACGCUAACUGGCUAAUUGCCCGAGAUUCUGAGAGGCUGGGUGUUCUGGUCCGCGGUGCGGCGUGUUGGAGGGCGCAGACGGCGGCGGCAGGCAGAUCUCCUCACAGCAGCCCGUCCCGCAGGGAGACGGGGGACCACCGCUCCCCCACCAUGGCCCAGCAGCAGCAGCAGCUGUGCAGCUCGCCCUUCCUCAAGCCCUUCUUCCUCAAGGCGCCGGUGAGCGUGUCCGGCCGCGGCCGCCAGCGGCGCCACACCCUCCCCGCCAGCGAGUUCCGCAACCUCACCCCUCAGGAUGCCAUCAGCGUCUUCGAGAUCGAGCGGGAAGCUUUCGUGUCGGUGUCGGGGGAGUGCCCCCUCACCCUGGAGGAGGUGCUGCACUUCCUGCGCCUGUGCCCCGAGCUGUCACUGGGCUGGUUUGAGGAGGGCCAGCUGGUGGCCUUCGUAAUCGGCUCCGGGUGGGACAAGGAGAGACUGGCGCAGGAGGCGCUGAUGACGCAUGUGCCGGACACUCCCACCGUGCACAUCCAUGUGCUGUCAGUGCACCGGCAGUGUCGCCAGCAGGGCAAGGGCUCCAUCCUGCUGUGGCGCUACCUGCAGUACCUGCGCUGCCUGCCCGGCCUGCGCAGGGCCCUGCUGGUCUGCGAGGAGUUCCUGGUGCCCUUCUACCGCAAGGCCGGCUUCAAGGAGAAGGGCGCCUCCGCCAUCGCCGUGGGCUCGCUCAGCUUCGUCGAGAUGGAGUACCCGCUCGGGGGGAGCGCCUUCGAGCGGCGGAACAGCGGCUGCUAGGAGCGCCGGGCUCCGCGGACGCCCCCCCCCACGCGCCCCCGUGCGGCAAGGUACGAGCGGCACUCUCCACUGCGCCCGCCUCCCCCGUCUCCUCGGUAACGGAACAGCCUGAUGGGUCCAGGCUCUGGGCCUCCACCCUCCCCACUCCCGGAUCGCGGGUUCGAGAACCGGCAGGAUAAACGCCAGCGCGGGGCUGUCUUCGACCCGCUGCCCUGCUCGGUCGGUGCCCCAGAGAUCUGCUUGACGCGUAAAAGCCACGGCGGCCAUCGCCUGUACAAACUGUAACUCACGUCAAGCUGACUGUCGCCCCAAAAAAUGUGCAAAAAUGAACCCAAGAAAAUAAUGCUGUUGCUUUUUAAACGUAGUCUCAAAACUCGUAUAAAACGGCGCACAGUGGUUAGAAUCUUUUUUUUCUGAGAGAGUUUGAAACUAACUGGUUCUCACUUGAAAUAGCGGGGAAACUGAACAUCUGAGUCCAGGCGUUUACGGCCUGUAUUAUGGCUCAGUGUCAUGAUGUGUUAAGGGGAACGUUUUCAGUGCGAGUGCGGUGUUUCUGUUGUAGUGGUUGAACUGUGGAGUCAGAACAGCACAGCACGGUUGCAAUCUAAACAGAUGUCAUCUGAACAGCAACAGUCAUUUACUGUAAGGACUGCAGUCUGCCUAAAUGAAAACAAAUUAGUUUGUGUUAACACCGAGACAAAACUGGCUAGAUCCAGCCUGGAAUAUUCAAUAGUCUCGGUGCACAUGCAUUUUGUUUUAGGUGAAAUUAUUUAACAAAAUUUGUAUUUUAUAUUAAAUUUUUGGCUUUUUGUGUCUGCUUUUGGGCUACAUCCACAAAGCGCAGUGUUACUCAUUGUUGUUGUUUCUACUUGGAGAUGGAAAUUAACAUGGGCUAUAAGUGGCUGUAAAAUGCAUUUUUUGGUCUGUUACUAGCAUCUUGUUUUCUAUUAUUUGUAUAUCCUUUUUUUGUUCAGUGUUGUUCACUUUUGCUUUGAUAAUUUUA